GGCGUUAGAUCGCGUUGCAGAACUGAUUCCUGUCGAGCUGCCGCCGCCAGCACGUCUUGCCAGGUCAAUCCUUGGAUCAACCUUUCCCUGGAACUUCUAUUACAUCUCAGAACCAGGGAUGGCCCAAAAAAACUCAGUCAAGAAACGGGCAAGGGCUGGGACCUUACAAAAUAUAGAGACGGACCCUACCCAUCAUAUCACCGGUUCUUUUGGGCCUCAGACUCCCUUAGAUGCACCGCCGUCCCCAAGGCGCAAGCAAUCACCCAACCACAUAUACACGGAGUCCCGGGGACUCUGGGGUGAUAUAAAAUCUCUCAGAUGGGUGGUAGUACCAUCCUCAGCCCUCAAGCUACUUCUUAUACCCCUAGUGCUUUCGGUGUUCUGGGAAUUGUUGGCGCCUUACGUGGUACCCAAAGGGACGCCCAAUCCCUUUUCCGCCCUUCUCUUCAUCUCUCACAAGGUCCCAUCGUCCACUCCGGACGAUCCUCGUUACCAAAAGGGUUACCUCGACCUGGUCUUCGUCGUCUAUUAUAUUAUAUUCUGGUCUUUCUUCAGACAAACAGUCACCAUUCACAUCUGCAGACCACUUGCAAGAUGGUUCGGUAUCAAUAAGGAAGCAAAGCUGGAUAGAUUUGGCGAACAGGCUUAUGCUGUGGUCUACUUCACUAUUACGGGCGUUUGGGGAUUGAUCAUCAUGUCUAAAUUACCCACUUGGUGGUAUCAAACGGAACACUUUUGGCUAGAAUACCCACACUGGCAGAUGAUACCUCAGUUGAAAGCUUAUUACCUGAUGCAAGCUGCGUAUUGGUGCCAGCAGUUGAUGGUGCUUCUUCUGGGACUCGAGAAGCCGAGGAAAGAUUAUCACGAGCUCGUGGCGCACCACUUGGUCACCCUCUGGCUCGUCGGCUGGAGCUAUUUAGUUAACCUGACGUUCAUUGGAAAUGCGGUUUACAUUAGCAUGGAUAUCCCAGAUGUUUUGCUCGGGUUCUCAAAGCUUCUCAACUACAUUCAAUACGACAGAACGAAAAUUGUCUCCUUUCUUGUGUUCCUUUUCGUCUGGACGUAUUUCAGACAUUGGUUGAACCUUGUCAUGCUGCAUUCCGUUUGGACCGAAUUUGACUUGUUACCUGAGUUUGCGAAACAAUGGUCGCCAGCAGACGGCGUAUGGCUGAGUUGGUGGAUGAAGUACCAAAUCUUCGCCCCGAUCCUUCUGCUCCAAUUCCUCAACUUGUUCUGGUAUGUCUUGAUCCUGCGCAUCCUCGUUCGCGCAGUGACAGACGCCAAGGCUACUGAUGUGCGCUCUGACGAUGAAGACGAAGGUGACGAGCUUGAUGCAAUUGACGAAGGGAAGGUUGAGUAGAAGCUUCGCUUGCUCCUCAUAACUUUCACUAUUCACGUCAUCGAAUGAUACUUUAUACCAUACACUUACACAAACUAUUUUGCUAAUAAAAACAUCGGUAUUUAUGUGAAAAAUGAAGCGCUGCAUACAAGGGCGGAAGAUAUGAGCUGGUACGUAAUACAAAUGGUAUGUCAGUCUUAGAAAUGCAAGACAGCAUG